AUGUUAUCUUCCGCGUCAGUUGUGAGUGAACACAAAACUGCGCAAAAACUUUCUAAACUUGGUGCUGGCACUGAUAGUGCUGUUGACAAAAAAGCUGAGAAACAACAAACUAUAGAAAGACGACAUAGCCCUACUAUCAAAAUGACUACGUCUUUGGCUGGAAUGCAAUCAUCAUCUUCACUCGGCAAUAUGAUCGACAGCGAUCCGAAGAAUAAUAAUAUUUCUACUUCCACCACUAUAAUUAAUCAAAGUAUUAUUGGUGUCAAUGGACAAACAAAUCAACAACCACCACAACAAAUAAUAAACGCAUCAACCAUUAUUAAUACCUCUAAUGAGGUUAUCACAACUGAAGUAUUCCAAACUGUUGAUGAUUUUGGGAAAACUGCUGCUUCAAUCACAACAAGAACAAUCACAGCAAUACCAACAUAUAAACGUCGUUCUGACAUAUCGAAUAACAUAAAUACCACAUCUCAAGAAAAGCUGCCUAUACAGCAGCAACCUCCUUUACCUGAUAACGAUAAAAAAUCUGUGAGCUUUCCAGCAAAUAUCGUUAUCAAAGAUGUCGCGGUAGAGAUUGAUCGUCAAGUUACAGACAACAAUAUUAUGAAUGGAUCACCAAAUUCUCCGACAGCCAGUAAUUAUUCUCAAGAUUCCAUAAAAACUUCACCUAUACGAAGUUACACGGAACCUUCGAAAAGAAGGCCAAGCAGUUUAUCUGCAAUACAAGAGCCUGCAACCCAAAUUCCUCCUCAACGUUCUGCUACCACCGCUGGUAAAAGCAAAAAAAUCUCUGAUCUUGAUGGCCAAACUGAAGGUGGUAAAAAACGUAGUCUUAGAAUACGACGACGUAAUACUUAUAGCGCAGACUUGACACAUUCUCGUGAAUUAGACGAAGAAGCACACAAGUCCCCUGAUGCUCUAAGGAAGAGACGUUUGACCAAAAAGAGAAACAGGGAAAAGGAUGAUGAAGAAGAACCUGUUAUAGGCACUCGAAUAGGGGAAGAUCAUGUGAAUUAUGUUCUCAUGUAUAAUAUGUUGACGGGAAUUCGAGUUGGUGUGUCUCGAUGUAGCGCCAAAUUUCCUCGAGACCUGACCGAUGCAGAUUUUAAAGCGGCUCAUAAGUUAGCUUUUGAUAUUACCGGUAAUGAGCUUACCCCCUCAGCCAAAUAUGAUUUCAAAUUUAAAGAUUACGCACCUUGGGUCUUUCGUCAUCUACGUGACCAAUUUCACAUUGAUCCCGCUGAUUACUUGGUUUCUUUAACUAGCAAAUACAUUUUGUCAGAGUUGAAUUCGCCUGGCAAAAGUGGAAGCUUCUUUUACUUUUCCCGAGAUUAUCGGUUCAUUAUCAAGACUAUACAUCAUACAGAACACAAAUUCUUGCGUAAAAUUCUGAAAGAAUAUUAUGAGCAUAUUAAAGCGAACCCAAAUACGCUCUUGUCCCGAUUUUAUGGUCUGCAUAGAGUGAAGUUACCUCGUGGCAGCAAAAUUCACUUUGUGGUUAUGAAUAAUAUCUUCCCGCCCCAUAGAGAUAUACAUGAGAUUUAUGAUUUGAAGGGUUCUACGGUUGGUCGUGAAUACACUAAAGCAGAUGAACAGUCGAAAGGUGCUGUUCUCAAGGAUCUUAAUUGGACUAAGAGGAAUCGUCGUUUGGAAUUAGGUCCUGUGAAAAGAAAAUUGUUUGUUGAACAACUUGAAAAAGAUGUCGAGCUGCUUAAACGGUUGAAUAUUAUGGAUUAUAGUCUUCUAGUUGGUUUGCAUGAUAUGUCGCGUGGUAAUAAAGAUAAUAUUCGAGAGGGUAUCUUAACCGUCUUCGAGCCUGACACCAAAAAAUUGGAGCGUGCUCCCUCCCAUCAUAAAAGAGAAAGCAAACUUUCUGCUUUGCGGAAAGCAGUUGUGACAACUGACCCACUUAAUUUGGGACCAUCUACAAAAUUAACGCUUGACACUUUUACCGACCGGCAGCGGCAACGUCAUUGUGUAUUUUAUACAGAUGAUGGUGGAUUCGCUGCAACCGACGAAUCUAAUCGAAGUACAAAUUACAUCUACUACUUGGGUGUAAUUGACAUUUUGACACCAUAUAAUGCUACCAAGAAAAUUGAACAUGCCUGGAAAUCGUUAAGCCACGAUAAGCAUGAAAUAUCAGCUGUUAAUCCCAUAUUUUACGGCGAACGUUUUUUGGACUUUAUGGUGAAAACCAUUAAACAUAAUGAUGUUCGCCCGCAAGAAGAAACAUCAGAAUCUAAUACAGUACCUGAACCCAUUGCUUCCAAUUAA